ACUAUAAAACCCCACUAGUCCACCUCUUAAUCACAAGUCCACUAGAGGAGACAGAGAGAGAGAAAAAGCAUGGCGAGAUUCACGGUGUUGAUUGCGGCAGCAGUACUUGCUUUUCUAGUGGCAGCGCCGGUGCCGGAAGUGACGGCGAAGAAGUAUUUAGUUGGCGACAAAAAGUUUUGGAAUCCAGACAUCAACUAUGACACCUGGGUUCAGGGAAAGCAUUUCUACCUUGGAGAUUGGCUCUAUUUCGUGUACUACAGAGACCAACACAACAUUCUUGAAGUAAACAAGACCGACUACGAAAGAUGCAUCUCCGACCAUCCUAUCCGAAACUAUACACGUGGAGCUGGGAGAGACAUUGUCCCUCUCAAUGUCACCAAACAGUACUAUCUACUUGACGGAAGGGGUGGUUGUUUUAAAGGCAUGAAGCUCACUGUUACAGUCGAGAAGCUUCCCCCUCCACCCAAAUCUGCCCCUGUCAAGCAUUAGAUCUGUUUCCAUUACAAGAGUUUCAAAGCAUCAGCUGGUUGUUAUCCUCUUUUGUUGUGAUAUUCAUUUUCCAUGAAUGAUCUUGUUUCAUUAUAAUGUCAUCUUGUUUCGUAAGACCUAAAUUUUAAACGCCUAAAAAUAUGGAUAUACCAUAUAACAAAAUGAUUUCACUGUUAAACACGUA